AUGGUGCAGCUUAGUAUGAUAACACUAGAGGUCAUGCAGAUAGUUAUGCUACUAGGACUUCCAUAUGACAAUACGAUGAGAAUCUCCGGAUUAGGAACCAUUGAGAAUCCAGACACCUUACAUCUUAACCAUGCCGCGGAGAACGAUCAUAUUCAUAAAGGAAAUCACACACGAGAGGACAUCUUCAAAAUGUCGCAAAAAAAGUACAUCGUCGUAGAAAACAUGACACACAAAGAAACAUCUUCACGACGCCGCGGGAGGAAGAAGAAUCCAUAUAGAAAAAAUGACACAAAACAAUAUAUUCAAGCUGCUGCCAGAAAAUAG